AAGUUAUAUGCCAAUUAAAAUAUAUGAAAUUAAUAUUUUUCAUAGGUUUUAAGAUUAUUUUAUGUGCUGAGCAUCAGAAUGUAGAACGAUUUUAUUAAUUUUCUCAAGCUUUUAUGAAAUGAAUAUUUAUACGUUGACAGUAUGAAUAUUGUUGUUGUCAUUAUGAGUCAUUGUCUUUCGUUUGACAUAUUGCGAGAUACAUUGUAUGCAUAGAUAUAGGCGGUUGGAAUUUCGUACAGGAAUGCUAACAGCUUGGGUGUUGCGCCGUAGAUGGCGAAACGGACAUUCGUGACACGUAUCCUGUUUUAUCAUAAGGCUGGGAACUUGUCUAGUGAAGAGUAAAGCGUUUAUUGUAUGGCCUGUCAAAAGUGGGUUAAUGAUAUCGGUUCGACUCGUGUAUAUCGUUUAUUCAAAAUGUCAACUGAAUUUGACGUUUUCGAUGACAACGAGACACAGUUGUGUCAAGACCUCGGGGAUGACGUCGUACAGGAGGUUUUAAAGAGUGGCACCGACCUACGCCAGUACUCCAGGCAAAUUGAGAAAGAACUAAAAGAAGUUGAAAAUAAAUCUAUUCAGGACUACAUUAAGGAAAGCGAGAAUAUUGCCAGUCUUCAUAAUCAAAUUGCUGCAUGCGAUAACAUUCUGGAGAAGAUGGAAUUGAUGCUGAUGAGUUUCCAGUUGGAUUUAGGGAGCAUAAGUUCAGAGAUACUUUAUCUUCAACGUAAAUCUGUGGCAAUGAGUCAACAGUUGUCUAACAGGCAAACGAUUAGAGCACCUCUUAGUCAAUUUAUCGAAGACAUGACAGUGUCGGAAGCUCUGAUCGCUGGAAUUAUGGAUUGUCCUGUAACAGAGAAGAAAUUCUUAACUCAAUUGGAGACUCUCAAUGACAAAAUAAAAUUCGUGAAAGAGCAGACUUUCAAGGAGGCCAAAUCUUGUUUAGACGUGAAAGAUAUUUUACAGAAGUUAAAAGUGAAAGCCAUGGCUAAGAUCAGAGCAUAUUUAUUAGAGCAAAUUUACAAGUUCAGGAAACCAAUGACUAAUUAUCAAGUGCCACAGACCAAUAUGUUGAAGUAUAAAUUUUUCUUUGAAUUUAUUUUAGCAAAUGAAAGAAAUGUAGCAGAAGAGAUAUGCGGGGAAUACAUUAGUACAAUGAGUAAAAUCUAUUUUUCAUACUUCAAAUCGUAUUCUUCGAGAUUAAUGAAAUUGCAGUUUGAGGAAGGAGCUUCCAAAGAUGAUUUAAUGGGUGUGGAAGAUACAGUAGGGAGAGGUAUUUUCCAUAAAACAACAUUAAAACACAGGGGUACAGUAUUUUCUAUAGGAAAUAGAGGAGAUGUUCUAACUUCUCUGUUGGAAGCACCAAUCAUUGUACCCCAUACUGCAACUAAAACAAGAUAUCACUACGAAGCAUUAUUCAGGAGCGAACAGUAUGCCCUGUUGGAUAAUGCUUGCAGAGAAUACCUGUUCUUAACCGAAUUCUUCAAAGUCAGUGGUGUGCCAGCAAUGGAUAUAUUUAACCAGGUAAUGGGGAAAACGCUGAAUUUAAUGGUGAAGAACCUGCAGUCUUUUGUGGACGACUGUUAUGACACCAUAGCCUUGUUCCUCUGCUUGCAUUUGGUGAUGCGAUACCGGAUAAUUUGCCACAAAAGAGUUGUGCCAGCUCUAGACAAGUACUGGGACAAUAUGACUGCAGUGAUUUCACCUAGGUUCGAAUACGUUUUCCAAAUGAACAUUCAAAGUAUAAAAGACUGCGACCCACUGAAACUUCAAAGUGUAAAGGACAGCGAAUACGACCCGUUCAAACACAAAGAAACCGGUCCUCAUUACAUUACACGGAGGUACGCAGAGUUCAGUGCUGCGAUGAUCUGCGUAAGCGAGGGAUUCCCCUGUGAAAGUGCAAUACAGCUGCUGGCGGAAUUAAGGGAAGCUGUCCAGUUCUUUUUACUGAGAAUGGCGACCAUUUUCCCUAACAGAAUCGAGCAACUAGUAUUUCUAAUUAACAAUUACGACCUAGUUCUUAGCGUGUUACUGGGGCGAACACGCAACAAUUCCACGAAGGAAGAAGAGAGCUUUCGCGAGCAGCUAAACGCACGUUCCGCGGAGUACGUUGAAGAGGUUCUAACGCCGUAUUUCGGUGGAAUAAUACAAUUAGUCAAGGAGUGGGAGGUGCUGAUAAAUAAGGGCCAGGCGGACGAUCUGAAGAGGCAAGAAGGGAAAGCGUUGGCCCUCGUACAAUCGUUUACGAACAAUUGGAAACGGGCGUUAGAAGAGAUUAAUCGUGAAGUAAUUACGUCCUUCCACAGCCUGGUGCUUGGAACGACGCUAGUGCAAAGUGCAAUGACCCAGCUGGUUAAAUAUUACAAUAGGCUUCACAAAAUCCUCCCGCCAAACGCGCGGACACAGUUGACUAACAUUCAUCACAUAAUGAUAGAGAUUAAGAAGUACAAGGCGAUCUACUAGACCUACAACCGCGAUCACUCGAAACUUAGGUAGUGUGAGUUCAACGAUUCGAUCAAAUCAGUUUACACGUUGGUUUUAAAUAGUUCGAUUAUUACACAUUUACAUUGAAUGAUUUCUCUGAGACUAUAACAUGUACUUAUAAAUUUAAACAAACAUUUGCAGCUCGAUGUACUCGAUGAUGAUUAAACUUAGUACAUAAUGUGCUUGUCACGGUGUACCAGAUAUCUUUCACAUUUCGUUGUCUGUUAUGUACAUAAUUAAUGCUUUAUAUAUAUAUAUAUAUAUAUGUAUAAAAAUAUAUUUUUUUCAAAGUUC